GGCGUCGACUAGGAAGUAAGGAGACGCAGGCAGUGGUAUCAAGCUGUUGGCGGGGUGUAUGGUAUGAUAAAGUCAAAGCAAGAGCUCCAGCUGUGUGCACCUAUAUUUUUCUAGUGGUCUGUAGAAGCUUGGUUAACUCAGAAUGGUAUUAGUGCGAAUGAGGAAUACAAAAGGCUGCAAUUCGAUUGAUAUAGAGAAGAAAAUCAAAAGAGGGAACGCAUUGAGGCAUGCAUCUGCAUGGAGGGGGUCUCGGGGCUUUGUUACUCUGUUGCUGGUUGUUCUGUCAGUGGGCUGCAUCACCACAUGGAUGUAUGUAGCUUCUCAGGACAGCGACAUCACAGAAACGCUGGUUGGCCAGGGUGAGGUGGUCUCACCUCACCCAAGAAUCUACGCUGUCCUAUGUUCCACAGACUAUGAGAACUACAAACGUUAUCCAGGCUGUACUCCUCAGAAGUGUGGUCGUGCCAUCACAGACAGUGUGGUGACAAGGGAGGAAGCUCAGGUCCUCAGGAGGCUGGCAGAUAGGGGGCUCGCACUGGCUGGGUCAGAAGGAGGAGUUUCCAUACUGGACCUGCACUCUGGAGCACUAUCAAUGGGAACACAAUUUGUCAAUAUCUACAGGUAUUUUGGGGAUCAGAUCAAGGAUGUGUUCACACAAAAGGAUUUUGAGCUCUACAGAGAAGUGCGUGGGCGAAUCCAGGCAGCUAUUGCAGAGACGUUUGGCCUGGACUCGAGUCUAAUGUACCUCACCAAGCCCACCUUUUUCUCCAGAAUCAACAGCACAGAAGCCAAGACCCAGCAUGAUGAGUACUGGCAUCCACAUAUCGAUAAGGUUACUUAUGGCUCUUUUGACUACACAUCUCUUCUAUACCUGUCAGACUAUGGCUCUGACUUUAGUGGAGGAAGAUUUGUCUUCAUUGACCAAAAUGGAAACCGCACAGUGGAACCCCGAGCAGGACGUGUGUCUUUCUUCUCCUCUGGCUCAGAAAACCUCCAUCGUGUUGAGAAAGUGACAUGGGGGACACGUUAUGCAAUCACCGUGUCCUUCACCUGUGAUCCUGAGUACGCAAUCUCUGACCCAUCUUUGCCCUGAUGAGCCUGCAGACUGCGUCACUUCCACCAGCGCAAACAAGCUCUGAACAGAGCGGUCAGAUACAAACGUUGGAGCUGCACGGUCAAUGUCAGACUUUUUUUUUUUCCCCUUUUUUUCCCAGGUAUUCACCCCUUGUGGCCCCCCAUCAGUUAGGCCUCAAUUAGGCCGGUGUUUGCAUUUCAUGCAGGUUUUUAUAUUCUGCCCUCCUCACUUAUUUGUGGGCAGCUGAAGGAAAAAUUGCUUCUUGACCAAAACAUUUUGGAACAGACCAAAGGAGGAUUGUUUCAUUUAGUUUUAUAGGAAGAUAUCUGCUUCUUGAGAAGAAGGUAAAAAAAAACAAAAAAAAACAAGUGAAUCAACCUUCUGUGACAAACACUGGCCAAUUCCAGCCCACACAGGUCUACAACUCAGGAGGUGCUUUCUUCUAAGAAGAACCCUCUCCAACCCUGCAUGUGCUUUAUCACAUUUAUUUCAGUGUGGUUGCUGAGGAUGAUUUGAAAUAAAAUAUUGACAGAACCUGAAA